AUGGCCUUACAGGUACCGGGAUCGAAAUUGUCCCGGUCAGGGCCGGGCCUGCUGAAACCAGCGGCCAGCACAAAACCAUUACUCACACUGUCUGAUCAUGACUGCCUCAAGACGCCGACAAUGAGCGAUAUGUUGAAGACACCAACUAUACUUGGAUCUCCAACGAAAUCUACCCCACUCGCUCUGGAUGGCACGCCAAGGAUCCAUCACUUCAACGGGUUCACACCCCAGAACAAUCAGGCCUUUUUUGGUGACCAUGAGCCGUUGCUCACAGGAAACAUUGAAAUACAGUCCAUCUCGCAAACAUCUACUGUACAAAAUCAUUCGAAUGGAUCAGCCUCAUCUUCUCAAAAUGGGGACAAUGGUCACAAAAAUGAAAAAACAACAAUACAGUUCAAAGGUUCGAUUACGACUAACCUUCCAGUAAACCUCACGUCGGGUGGCGGCAGUGGUUUACCCGAGCUCACUGUCGUGGACGCCAAGACCCCUGGUGCCAAUAGCGAAGCGCCAGAUCUUUUGAAGGUGGUGCGUAUUCCGACUGAGAUGAAGAAGGAAGACAAGGAAGGUGGGCAGCAGAAUGUGGAGACGGUACAGCGGAACGGAACCACAUCAAUGAUGAAACCGCUUCAACCUCCUCCAGCUGUGGUGAAAUUCCAGCAACUGGAAGUCGCUCCUGGUUCAUCUCAUCCCCAGCAAUCACAUCCACCAGCACCUCCUUUUGCUGAUGGCGGUCAAUUUAACGGUGAUGCCAAUGGAGAAGAAUCUUUCACAGGUGAAGCGAAGGAAUUUGGUUUCGAACCAAAAGUCGAGCCUAUCGAUGACUACUCUUAUGGAUUUGGUGAACACAUGCGCUACGAUCCUGCAAAUGGCGAGUUCAAUGUGUUCGAAUAUCAGUCUACAAGUGGAGAUGUAAAGAUGGAGGGCGAUGCUAUGCGGAAAUACUCCCAGCGAAAUGUCAAAAUCCCUAUACACGAACGACCGUAUAAGUGUCCGAGAGAUGAUUGUGACCGGCGCUUUUCACGAAGCGAUGAACUGACUAGACAUAUUCGAAUACACACUGGACAGAAACCGUUCCAGUGUCGAAUUUGCUUGCGGGCGUUCUCGCGGUCUGAUCAUUUAACUACGCAUGUCCGUACACAUACUGGAGAGAAGCCAUUUUCGUGCGAUGUUUGUGGUCGAAAGUUUGCACGAAGUGAUGAGCGCAAACGUCACACUAAAGUAGGUGCGAGGAAAACGUCCUAUUGGAUAAGUGCUCAAGCUCACUCCAUUCAGGUGCAUGCCAAAUCAAAAUCACGCCGGCCGAGCUUCUCUUCAGGAUUUUGUGGUCCAGCAUCCGGAGAUUCAAGUCAGAGCUCG